AUGGCGCUCCUCCACCUCCUCUCCCUGCUGCUACUCUGCCCGGAGCCGGCGCUGGCGGGGGACCCGUUCGCCUACUUCGACUGGGAGGUCACGUACCAGUCGGCCCGCCCGCUGGGCGUGGCGCAGAAGGUCAUCGCCAUCAACGGCCAGUUCCCGGGGCCGCCGCUGAACGUGACCACCAACUGGAACGUGGUGGUGAACGUCCGCAACGCCCUCGACGAGCCGCUCCUCCUCACCUGGCACGGCCUCCAGCAUCGCAAGACCCCGUGGCAGGACGGCGUGGCCGGCACCAACUGCCCCAUCCCCGCCGGCUGGAACUGGACCUACCAAUUCCAGGUCAAGGACCAGGUCGGGAGCUUCUUCUACUCCCCCUCGGCCGCGCCGCUCCACCGCGCCGCCGGCGGGUACGGCGGCAUCGUCGUCAACAACCGCGACGUCAUCCCCAUCCCCUUCCCCUUCCCGGACGGCGGCGACCUCACGCUCUUCAUCGGCGACUGGUACGUCAGGUCCCACAAGGACCUCCGCAGGUCCCUCGACGCCGGCGCGCCCCUGGGGCCCCCCGACGGCGUGCUCGUCAACGGCCUGGGGCCCUACCGCUACAACGACUCCCUCGUCCCGCCGGCGAUCACCUACGAGAGGAUCAAUGUGGAGCCCGGGAGGACCUACAGGCUGCGGGUGCACAACGUGGGGGUCUCCACCAGCCUGAAUUUCAGGAUCCAGGGACACAGCCUGCUGCUCGUGGAGACCGAGGGCUCAUACACCUCGCAGCAGAACUACAGCAACAUGGACAUCCAUGUCGGUCAGUCCUACUCCUUCCUGGUCACCAUGGAUCAGAACGCCAGCACCGACUACUACGUAGUCGCCAGCGCCCGCUUCGUCGUCGCCGACCCCGGUGCCGUCGAUAAGCUCACCGGCGUCGCCAUUCUGCACUACUCCAACUCCCAGGGUCCGGCCUCUGGCCCUCUCCCUGCUGCCCCUGAUGACCAGUAUGACACUGCAUUCUCCAUAAACCAAGCCAGAUCCAUCAGGUGGAAUGUCGCCGCGAGCGGUGCCCGCCCCAACCCGCAGGGUUCAUUCCAUUAUGGUGACAUUACCGUGACUGAUGUGUACUUGUUGCAGAGCCGGCCGCCCGAGCUCAUCGACGGGCAACUGCGUUCUACUAUCAAUGGGAUCUCUUACAUUGCUCCAUCUACUCCAUUGAUACUUGCACAACUAUUCAAUGUCCCUGGAGUGUUCAAGUUGGAUUUUCCAAAUCAUCCGAUGAACAGACUGCCAAAAGUUGACACCUCGGUUAUAAAUUGCACCUACAAAGGCUUUAUGGAGAUUAUAUUCCAAAACAACGCCACAACCGUGCAGAGCUAUCACUUGGAUGGAUAUGCAUUCUUCGUCGUUGGGAUGGACUAUGGACUGUGGACUGACAAUAGUCGGGGUACCUACAACAAAUGGGAUGGAGUUGCACGGUCAACAAUCCAGGUAUUCCCCGGCGCUUGGACUGCUGUGCUUGUGUUCCUGGACAACGCAGGGAUAUGGAAUCUGCGCGUGGAGAACCUGGACAGCUGGUACCUGGGCCAAGAACUGUACAUAAGCGUGGUGAACCCGGAGGAGGACCACAGCGACAAGACGCCGCUUCCUCUACCAGAUAACACAAUUUUCUGCGGCGCGCUCUCGAGUCUACAGAAAGAACAAUCUCAUAGGUUCCAGUACUCGGGAGCUUCGCGGGUUGGGAAGACGGUGUCCGCGGUGAUGAUCUCGAUUGCAUGGCUGGCUGCUAGCUACCUGGUUGAUAUAUAG